AGAUAGCAAAAGGAAAGGAUCUGUGUACAAGACGUGCUGUCAUGACAACGGAUGCCCUUUGCUACGGCAGCACCUAAUAAGCAGUAUGAUGUCGGUGGAUGUGCUCGUAGCGUGUGCUGUGCUGCAGGACCACGCUGAUCAGCUGUCAGUGUUAGGAAACAUUAUACGCCCGGGAGCGGAGACUCAGGAAAGGACCGAACUGCAUCUAAAAACAGCUCAACAGAUGGCUGGGAGCAGUUUGUCUGAUUUCACAAGAGAAUUACACAAAUCCCAAAAGCAAAUAAGUAUUCAGGAGAGUCUACUUACUCCUGACAACCUGGCCAAAGUGCAGAGAGACAGGCAGUUUAUGUCAGACGUGAUAAAUGAGUUAAUGGUCGAGCUGCAGAAGAAAAACACUUUUCAAAGUCUCUUGUCAGCAGUAGGAGAGGACCGGAAGAAGAAAGUCCAACUUCUGGACAUAAUAAACAGGGAGGAAGAGGGUCGUCUCAGGAUUAAAGCACUGCAAAAACAGUUACUUGACAUUCACAAGCAAAAAAUAGAGGAGUGCAAGAAGCUUAAGGAGUUGUUGGACUACCUGAGGGAGCAGGUACAGAACAUGAGGGUGAGGACAAACCGACAAGAGAAAUUUGUGAAGAGAUGUGCCGAACAGCUAGUCUGCCAAGGGCUGAAACUCAACAGUCACAAAGAGAAAGAACUGGAAGAUGAAGUUGGGAUGCUGCAAGAGAGAACUGAGGAGGAAAAGAAUGUUCACAUGGAGAUGGAGAUCUUCCUAAAAAGACAACAUGCAAACUUAGGGGAAAAGUUCCAGUUUUGGAUCCAGCGGUAUGAAAAAGACAUGGAGGAGAAGGAGCAAGAGAUCACUGCUCUAAAGAAUAAAAGAAACAACUGCCAGGCACGAAUUCAAGAGCUGUCCAAAAAGUGCAGAAACAUGCAAGAGGUUAUCAUUGAGGACAGGAUGGAGAAGGAACGUUUGCGUGCACAGCUGGAGAAAGAGCAGAAGGAGAGAGAUGCAGCAACUAAGAUCCAGGCCUGGUGGCGGGGGACUCUCGUACGCAGAGGACUGGGAUCACCUAAGAAAGCAACCAAAUCCAAGUCUAAAGGUGGCAAAAAAGGCAAAAAGAAGAAGAAAUGAUGACUGUCACAAUAUACAUUUAAACAAACAAUAGACAAUUAAAGUAAUUGCCAGAGCA